AUGAAAGGAAUAAGAAAUUCCCGCAAAAUGGAGGUCUGGCAGUUCAGCCUGAUUGUGUCGCUUGGCUUCGGAGUAGAUUUGAUUGAAUCUUCGGAUUUUUAUUCUUUAACUGUAGAAGAUUUAAAGGGAAAUGCCGUUCCAAUGAGUGUGUUUAAAGGAAAGGUCAGUAUUUUGUAAAAAUAAACUUUCCUUUCGAGGCGAUGCUCAAGUUACGACUGUAUGUAGUCAUACAGAUUUAGUUCGUGUGAGUUAAUUCUUUCGUAUGAAUCUACCAUAAGCAGCUGCCCUUAAAAAUGAGAUUCGGUGGUCGUAUUCAACACAGCGAUUUAGAAAAUUGGCUUUCAAAUUGAGUUCGCACACAAGCAUUGCAACGUACAAUUUACAAUGUCUGUUUGUUGUCACGAAUGGAACUUUAAGAAUGUUUCUGCCACGUCGCAAAAGCUCUAUCAGACUUGUCUGACUCUCCACACGUUUUUGCAUGGACUAAAGAUAUUUGCUUUAAGGGUUUUUUGGAGCGGUUCUUCUGGUAACGUCCUUGGUUUCUAUCAUCCCAAAUUUGCUUAGAACUGAAUAUUUCAAAUUGCAUGCAGUAGACAGUCGAGCCAAUGUGGGCCUGUGAUGAAGACACAGAGGCUUGGUAAUACGUAGACUGGACUGGACUGCAGACUAAGAGGAUGAAGAUCAAGCUGUAGGAAGGUCAUUUUGCUGCAUUCUUUGGCUAAUUGAUGGGGUGGUAGGGAUAUGGGAGGGGUGGGAAGGGGGAAAAUGACCCAUCAUGGACUAGAAUCCUAUCCUGAAUGCUAUGUCAUGUGGAAAUUGUAAUAAGAUCUGACAUGAUGAUUUUAGAUAUAUAAAAAUUCAUAUAUUUGCACUGUGGUGGAGAGAUGAAAUUAAAAAAUUAAAAAAAAAUUAAUUAAAAAUUAAAAAAGAAAUUUUCUACCAGCUCUGAGAACUAAAAGAAACAUCUGCUGAAAAACGCAUUUCUAUCUUCACCAUUUGAUAAGUAUUAGUUACAAAAAUUACCAAUUUCCAAUGGCUUUGGAGAUUCCAAACAAUGACUUAACAGUCCAGAAAUCAUGUCUAACAUGGUAGGUAUUUGGUUUUAUUACAUAUUGGUACACUGUACAUUUGAAGAAAGUUUUGUAAGUUUAUAUGACUUUUGGAAUCUGCAUAGUACCCAGUAAUUCAAUAAAUAAUUUUUAAUGGAGAUUUUUCAAACGACAUGGUUUCUGGAGUAAAUAUCUCUUGAAAAAAUAGGCCGCUGUUACUCUCUUCCCCACCCUUAAAACCUUAACCCUUUAACUUCCAGGAGUGACUAACAUAGAAUUUCUCCUUACAAUAUUAAUACAAUAGCAACCAGACAAGUGAUGAGAGUAAAGAAAACUAUUAAUUUGGGGAUAAUUAGUUGAUCCAAUACUAAAUUGUCUGAACUAACAUCAUAAGAAUUGUGUGGUUGGCAGUAAGGAGAAUAUCAAAUUUGGUCUAGGAGUUAAUUUUUUAUUUCCUCAAUCUGAUGUUUGUUUUUUGUUUUCAGGUGUUGUUGAUUGUGAAUGUUGCCAGUGAAUGCGGUUACACAGAUAAGCAUUACAAAGAGUUGGUUGAACUACAGACAAAGUUUGAUAGUCAUGAUUUCAACAUCCUUGCAUUUCCAUGCAAUCAGUUUGGCCAACAGGAACCCCUGAGGAAUAGUGGUAUCGCCAGAUUUGUUAAGAACAAAUACAAUGUGAACUUUCCGGUGUUUUCAAAGAUCAAAGUUGUUGGUCCUGGGGCUCAUCCUUUGUACAAGUAUCUUUAUGCAAGUGCAAAAUAUACUCCUCAGUGGAAUUUUGCCAAGUAUCUUGUGAGUAGGGCAGGCAAAGUGAUUCAGUUCUGGAGUCAACAUUAUUCACCUUUAGGUCUUGAGAAUUUUAUUGACAAGCACGUGAAUAUGGCAAUAACUGAUGAAUAUGAAGUCUAUAACGUUUAUAAGGAACUAUGAUGUAACUUUAAGUUAACUCUUUAACUCCCAUGAGUGACCAAGACAGAAUUUCUCCUUACAAUAUCAAUAUAAUAUCAAGCAGAUAAGUGACUAGAAUGAAGGAAAAUAUUAACUAGGGGAUUAUUAGUUGAUCCAAUACCAAAUUCUCCAAAUUAACAGCACAAGAACUAUAUGGCAGACAGUAAUGAGAAUUGCUAGUGAGAUAUUGGGAGUUAGAGAGUUGAAAAAGGGAAUUUUGCCAAAUGAAGUUGCAGUUAAUCUGGUUUUACCACAUACAAAAAAAAUGAAAAAUACAUUUUAUUUUUCUGUAAAAGAUUAUCAGCACUUUUUCUGAAAUUACUUUUCAAUCCUAUGAAGAAAUUUGUUAAAUCAGGGAGUGAUCAGCAUCUAAUUUAAUCUCAUAGUAAUACUGCUGAAUUUUUUUUUACAGUCAUGAGAUUGAAAGAGGUUAUUGCCAAACUAAGAAAUUGAUUUUUAAAUUAAUUACGUCAUUUGGCAACCUAAAUUCACAAAUGGUCACCCCUUAAAGGCAAGGUUUAAAUUUCCCACCCCCUGGAAGGGUAGAGGUAGAUAGAGGUGGGUAGAGGCAAUAGUCAAAUACCUGCAGGUUGCACAGUAGGAUGCUGAAGCUUCAAAUUGAUUGGUGGAUAAUUUCAUCAAUAAAUUAAGUGUCACUCUACACUUAAUUGUCCUCUUGUGUAAUGCCUUUGAAUCAGUGUUGGAUUGGACAUUUUGCAUGGAGUUCAAGGAAAUAUUGCAUGCUUCAAGAUCACCUCACAAACACCUUAAGAAUAAUUUGAAAUCUUCAUAUUUAAUACAGAUCACUGUGGAGGAGCUUGAAGCUUAUUGGGUUUGUGCAAGUAUAGUUUUGAUUUUAAAAUUUAUCGUCAUAUUACUGUCUUGUGACCUACCUCUUUCACAAGUUUUUCAUGAUACAUCACUUCUCUUCCAUAACAGUUGUCAAGAACUCAUAACUUAUAUGUAUUGAACUGCCUCAAUUAAGUUCUUUCCUUUUGGAAACUCAAGAGUUCCUUUAGUCAAUCAACCUUUUUGUCACGAUGCAAAAUUUUCUACAAGUACUAGAACAAAGCUGAGCUCAGCAUUGUAGACCUAUGUUGGUAAAUGAUUGAUAUGUUGCCGUCUAUACUGCUACUCUCACAUAGCCUGAUGGGAGAUGAUAACAAUUUUGUGAGCUGUCAAUCCUGUCCAGUCGCGGUAAUCUAUUUUCGUUCCCAGUCUGCCCUCAGUAGUUGACUUCAGUUACUCGAUGAGUACGUCCCCUGCAACAGGGGUGGGGACACUAGUAUAUCUAUCACCUUUAGCCAGGCCUUCAUUGAUGAGCUGUUCCAACUGGAGAAGACUGGGUAACCAGGACUCGGAAAAUACCACCACCAAUCUGUAAGAAAUAAACAAACAAUUAUCAAACGGAGAGCGUUUAAAUUCUGAUUCAUCUGUCUUCACA